AGCAUUUCAGAACUUAUCUUCUCGGCUGUCAGGUAGAAAGCAGAGAGCGAGUGGGUAACACGUUUCCCCUAGUUUGACGUUUUGACGGAUAGUGAGCGAGACCCGUCCGUGUACCGUGGUGCUUUGUUUACAAAUCUCCCGGAGUUUACACACCUCAUUCAGUACUCGUGUAUAUUUAUUAUUCAUAGAAUUCCGUGGAUUUUAAUAAUUCUUACAAAUUUCUGGAAGUGUUGGAUUAAUUUUGGGAGUACAAUACUUCAAAAGUUUUUGUCUCAAGGAAGUAUAUACGUCAAAGUAUUCUUAAAUUCCUGCGGAAUAUUUUGGAAGGGGCCAGCGAUCUGUUUAUACCAAAGGGGACAGUACCACGGAGGAACAGGGAGUACUAAGUGGGCCAAAGCGGGAUCUUGUAGGGGCCGAAAGGGCCGGAGCUACAUGAACACGGCCCAUGGCUCAGAGAUACGAAAAUGACAUCCCGGCACAUUACCCUGGCUCAAUUGCGGGUAUGGAUGGUAUGUACGAAUCGCACCGGACGUUACCCAACCACCCGGCCCUUCACCAGAGUAACCUCACGCCUGGCAUGCAUCAGUACCCUCCUUACACGUCCAGUGGUUCCAUGCCGGGGGUCAGUUCGUCUCAGGAUAGCCAGUUAAAGCGGGAUAAAGAUUCAAUUUAUGGACACCCACUGUUUCCACUAUUAGCACUUAUAUUUGAAAAAUGUGAACUAGCAACAUGUACUCCGCGGGAACCCGGAGUUGCAGGAGGGGACGUUUGCUCGUCCGAGUCAUUCAACGAAGAUAUAGCAGUUUUUAGUAAACAAGUUUUAGCACGGUCGGAAAAACCGUUAUUCUCAGCAAAUCAUGAAUUGGACAGUGUGAUGAUACAAGCCAUACAGGUUCUUCGAUUUCAUUUACUGGAGCUUGAAAAGGUCCACGAACUUUGUGAUAAUUUCUGUCACAGAUAUAUUAGUUGUUUAAAAGGAAAAAUGCCAAUAGAUUUAGUGAUAGAUGAUAGAGAGGGCGGGAGUACAACAUCCAAAUCGAGUUCGGACAACCCUCCGGAUCAAAACGAUGUUGUCGACCAAAGGCCGCCCUCACAAUGUUUGAACUUUAGCCAGCAAGACGACACCCAAUCGUCCCGUUCUGGAGACACGCCCAUCACAACUAGUCAGUCUAAUACCAAUUCUUCACAACAUGCGGACAACAAUAGCGAAAUAGGUGACGGGUUGGACAAUAGCGUAGGUUCAGGGGAAGGAACUGCUGACGAAGAUGCCGAUGGAGACAGGUCAAAUUCAAAACGACAGAAAAAACGGGGAAUAUUUCCAAAAGUAGCAACUAAUAUUAUGAGAGCAUGGUUAUUCCAGCAUUUAACGCAUCCUUACCCAUCAGAGGAACAAAAGAAACAGUUAGCUCAAGACACAGGACUAACAAUAUUACAAGUCAAUAACUGGUUUAUUAAUGCAAGACGAAGAAUUGUUCAGCCCAUGAUCGACCAAUCAAAUCGAGCAGCCCCCGGUAGUCAUGGUUACAGUCCGGAUGGUAGCAUGGGCUGGCCCGACAAUCAGCCCAUGGCCCACAUGGGGCCACAUAUGCUCCAAGGCAGACCUGGUAGUGAAAUGUAUGACCCUAUGAAAGCAGGGUAUCCUCACAUGGACAGCUCGCAGCGCUACGAUAUGUUGGGUGUCCAGGGCAUGCACAGUGGAGACAUGUACGGAGCACCCCCUGUCACUGGAAGUAGCUCCUAUUCACAAAUGUCACAGUUGCGUCCCCCUGUACAUUCACAGGCUAUGCUAAUCCCCGGACAUCCGCAUCAUAUGAUGAUGGGCCACGGAGCCCCGGGAAUGAGCCCGCAUGGCAUGUCCAUGGGCUCGGCCCAGAGCCCUCCUCUACACAGCAGCAUGGAAAGCAUGGGUGGACAUAUACAGGAUAUACACGCAGGGUAGGUGGCGCCAUAGUGUGCAGACUUGUGCGUCAUGGAUGGCGAGCAUUCCUGUCGCCAUACACCGUUGUAUUGUGGUUGUCAAGACAACAAGGACAAACUUGUGUGCGUUGGAGCGUGGCCCUGAGGUUUGACUAGGGUGUAGGCCAGUGUAAAAUAUUGGUAGUUGUGAACUACUCGUGUCGGUGAUAUGGUGAUUGGCUGUGGUGAUUGGAAGAGACGAACAGAAAGACAAAAAAAGAAUCGGACCAGGUCCGGGAACGGGGAUAUAAUUCCAGGGAUUGUGCGACAGUAAUCUGUCAAGUGUUAUUGUGAGCAUAAGGAAAACGCGCUACAAGCCAAACGAUGGUCUACACCUGGUCAAAUCAGCAAUAAGCUAGUCAGUAUCUCAUCCUUGUAGAGGAGGAUGGACGGACAGUUGCGAUUGGUCUGACCAGCCAGUGAUUGGGCUGGUCAUCUGGACAGGGAGGGAGUACAAAGGGCCAACUUGCCUCAGGUCGAACUUAUGAUAUACUAGUCUUUUAGAUGUUCCAUGUUAUCUGUAUGGGGAUUGGGGAAAAUAAACACAAAGAUGCUGAUAGUAUUAUCCUGUUCAGGACGGUAGCCACAUGAGACUUGUUCAAGUAUUAGUAUUUAUGGGACUCUCACAAGUGUCGUGUAGUUUUUAACAAGUCGGAUAGAGUGGUCACACUUUUGAAAUACCUCGUACUGCCAGGGUCGUACUAAUAGUAACGAUCACACAUAGAUGUGUUUUUUUGCAAGCAUUCCACUUAUAAAUUUAAAAAAAAAAAUAUAUUUCAAUUUUUUUCUAGAUCUACAAUUGAUUUAUGUAUUUUCUGAGAUCACCUUCCCCAGUUUUGCGCCUCCUCAUUUAAUUAUUAUUAUUAUAUUAUAUUAUAAAUAUGAAUAUGUUUUUUUUUAUAAGUAUUGAGAUGUUCUGUAGUAGCGUCACAAUAUUUGUUAUAAGAAGUAAUCAACGUCUGUGUCAGUAUUAAAUAUGAUCUGUGGAGGAGUAGCAAGGCUGGGGAGAUCGUCAGAAAGCUCAUCCGAUAUAUAUACGCAAACGUCUCGGGCACCAAUUGGCGGUGCCAAUGGGCGUCAAUGGGACAAACUUUUCCAGGGCAGGCAACUUUUCCUGUUUGCCUUUGCCGACACUCAUUAUUUUCAGCAAAGUCACAAGGUCAAAUGUGGACCUGCAGGGUCAGUGGGAUGGUUUCCCAAGGUCAUUGAGAUGCCAUUCUCAUGAGUGUCUUAAGGUCAGCAGACGACAGUUGUGAUUUUCUGCUGAAGAACUAUAUAGAUACAUACAUGACCAAAAUUGGCCAAUCAGAUUUGAGCUUUAAAGUUACCUCAUACAUUUUUUUUGUUGUAAAAUGCCAUUUGGGAAAGAAUGGUCGUAUUAAUGGUGCAUGUUGGACAGGAGGAUUUGGUGCAUUACACUGUGUAUAGUAGAACGUGAGAUGUGUGGGUCGGUGCUUGGUGUCGAGAGAGCGUGCGAGUGAGAAACGGAGCAAAAAUGACAGCAGGGUUUUAUUGUAUGAUGAAAACCUUGAUUUGUUUGAUUUGUAAUGUCUGAUGUGGUUGAAAGCCAAGCUGAAUUGCUGUAUAUCUAAAGCAAUAAAAUAUCGGUGUGAUUUUUGACAUUUUGUUUCGUGAAUUAUAUUUAAUUCUGGUUUUUUUCUGGUUUAUUUUCUUUGUUGCUAGAAAUAAUGAUUUUGUUCAUGAUACGAACUUGGCAUUUCCCCCUGCUUUUUUGGUAAGGAAUACUGGCUGGGAUUGACUUUUGAAGCAUAAUAUUGUAUGUAUAACUGGAUGAAGUCUUGUCGUCAUAAUUUUGGUGGGUUUUGAACAAUACUGACGAUAAUGAGAUCAACUUUUUUUCUUCCGUAGUUUUUCAUUUCUGUACUUAAUAAACAUUAUCCUUUUAAAUGGAUUAUUAUCAGAAUGAAAUUUUUAUAUUGUCCUUUUCUAUCAUGUCAUGUUAACAUGUUGAAAGAAAUCACACUAACAAAAUCUUCUCACAAACCACACUUUAUAAUAUUUUCUGAAGAAACGGUAGAAUAUGUUGCAGUUUCCAUUGUUUAUCUACUGUGGGACUGUAACGUGAAAUGCUUGGAUGGCAUCAAAGAGUUCGAGGAAUAUGUUUUGAUUUGUAUUGCAUGUGCGGUGUUACCUUUUCUUGCUAAGGAGCGUUGUUAAGACAAUGUACAGUAUUACCAGGCUUGUAUUCAAGUUCAUAGAAUUGAUUAUAGGUAUUAUAUAGAUCAACAUGGCUCCUGUUAACUUUCUAAACACAACCAAGGGCCGAAAUAAAGACUACUUCAAAACAAUUUCAGCAAGUGUACAAAUUGAAAAGUUCAUGAAAUUAUGAUAUUUCAAACAAAAUCUAUGAUUAAGUGCUCAUGUUUCCUGUUUAUUUGAACAAUUUGAAAUUAACUUUUUAUAAGUGCUUUCUUGUAAUUUGUUUUGAUUUGAAUUCAGAAGUAAGUUGUUUGAACAUUCUAUCAAAUGAUCUGUUUUCCAAGUGCUACUGGUGCAAAACUCAAUUUCGUAAGGAGAAAUUCCCUUUUUUUUUUUCUUUUUUUUUUUUCCUACUGGAAUUAUAAUUUUGUCUUUUUUAAAAUUGUAUGAUUUUAUCUCCAAUGCUUUUUAACCUAUUUCCUUUCCAUUUUCACUCUUUUGAAGGAGAAACAAAUUUUAACCUGAUAUUUUAUACAACAUUUUGAUUUUAAACCUGCAAUUUUUACACCUUUUUUGAGAUGAAGGUAAUCUGUCAACCAUUGUAUAUUACGAUGUUAAUUAUUUUACUUUUAAACAAUAAGGACAAUCACUGGCAAUUUCACCAAAACUUGAUAAUGUAUGGUAUGCAUGAAUGUGUGUGGGAUAAAACUGAGAUGGGUGUGGCCAAUGGGCGUGGCUGUGAGUGAUGGGCACGGCCUAUUGGUCAGGAGGAGGCAGGAAUAAUUGUCAGUAUUAAAUGUUUGUAUGAGAGAUGAAUGGAGAGAGAUUGUCGCCAAGCUUGGAGCUUAGUUCUUUUGAAUUUAGGGAAUUUUAAUACGAGAUUGUCACAUAUUUUGAGUAAAAUUCCAGAGAAAUAAACUGUUGUAAUAAUAA